AUGAGCGGCGAGCUUCCCCAGAGAUUCGAGACCCUCCAGCUUCACGCUGGCCAGGAGCCUGACUCGGCGACGCGGUCUCGCGCGACACCCAUCUACGCGACCACUUCUUACGUGUUCAAUGACUCCGCACACGGCGCGAGGCUGUUCGGCCUCAAGGAGUUUGGCAAUAUCUACAGUCGCAUUAUGAACCCCACGGUCGAUGUCUUUGAGAAGCGUAUGGCAGCUCUCGAAAACGGUGUUGCCGCCGUUGCCGCCUCUUCAGGCCAGGCUGCUCAAUUCCUGGCCAUCGCAGCGCUCGCUGAGGCCGGAGACAACAUCAUCUCGACCUCGAACCUGUACGGCGGUACCUACAACCAAUUCAAAGUUGCCUUCCCGCGCCUGGGAAUCAACACGAAAUUCGUCAAUGGCGACAAGCCUGAGGACUUCAAGGACUUGAUCGACGACAAGACCAAGGCCAUCUAUCUGGAAAGCAUUGGAAACCCCAAGUAUAACAUCCCGGACUUUGAGGCUAUCUGCAAGAUUGCGCAUGAUGCCGGUGUGCCUGUUGUUGUCGACAACACCUUCGGUGCUGGUGGCUUCUUCUGCCGCCCCAUCGACCACGGCGCCGACAUCGUUGUCCACUCCGCGACCAAGUGGAUCGGCGGCCACGGCACCACCAUCGGCGGCGUUGUCAUUGACAGCGGCAAGUUCGACUGGGGCAAGAACGCGAAGCGCUUCCCAACCAUGGUCGAGCCAUCGCCAGGCUACCACGGCCUCAAGUUCUGGGAGACAUUCGGCCCCAUCACCUUCGCCAUCCGCGUCCGCGUCGAGCUCCUCCGCGACAUCGGCCCGGCCCUGAACCCCUUCGCCGCCCAGCAGCUCCUGCUCGGCCUCGAGACACUCUCCCUGCGCUGCGAGAGGCACGCCGAGAACGCCAUCAAGCUCGCCAGGUGGCUCCAGAAGAACCCCAACGUUGCUUGGGUCUCGUAUCCCGGCCUUGAGAGCCACCCCAGUCACGAGCUUGCCAAGAAGUACCUCCCCAGGGGCUUCGGUGGCGUCCUGUCUUUCGGUGUCAAGGGCGACGCUCAGGCUGGUAGCCAGGUUGUCGAUAACUUGAAGCUCAUCUCCAACCUUGCCAACGUCGGUGACUCAAAGUCUCUGGCCAUCCAUCCCUGGAGCACCACUCACGAGCAGCUCACCGACGAGGAGAAGAUCAGCAGCGGUGUCACCGAGGACCUCAUCCGUAUCUCCGUCGGCACCGAACAUAUUGACGACAUUAUUGCCGACUUCGAGCAGUCCUUCGCACAAUCCUCGACCCACCCGGACGCUUCUGGUAAUGCGGCGAACGCUGCCAAGACUGGUGACGUUGCGGUCGAUGCCAAGUUGAGCGGUUCUACCUAG